GGGCUGAAGUCGGUGAUGGCCAGCAGCCCGGAGUCCGGAGCGUUGCAGUGUUUGCAGAGGGCAUGCGACGCAGAGAGCGCACUGCUCACCACCGUCACCUUCGGCCGGCUGGACUUCGGAGAAACAUCAGUGCUGGACAGUUUCUACGAUGCAGACAUUGCAGUUGUGGACAUGAGCGAUGUAUUUCGGCAGCCGUCCUUGUUUUAUCAUCUGGGUGUGAGGGAGAGCUUCGACAUGGCCAACAACGUCAUCUUAUACCAUGACACUGACCCCGACACGGCACAGUCACUGAAGGACAUGGUUGCACAGAAAAACACAGCGUCCAGUGGUAACUAUUACUUCAUCCCCUACAUAGUGACUCCCAAUCAUGAGUAUAUGUGCUGUGAGAGCGAUGCCCAGCGCAGGGCCAGUGAGUACAUGCAGCCCAGCUGGGACAACCUGCUGGGGCCUCUGUGUGUCCCCCUGACUGACCGUUUCACCAGCCUGCUGAAGGACAUCCACGUCACUUCAUGUGCUUCCUUUAAGGACACCCUGCUGAAUGACAUCAGGAAGGCCAGAGAGAAAUAUCAGGGAGAGGAGCUGGCAAAGGAGCUUUCCCGCAUCAAACUCCGCAUCGAUAACACAGAGGUCCUCACGCAGGACAUCGUCAUGAACCUGCUGUUCUCCUACAGAGACAUACAGGAUUAUGAUGCCAUGGUGAAGCUGGUGCAGACUUUGGAGAUGCUGCCAACUUGUGAUCUGGCCACCCAACCCAUGAUCCAGUUCCACUACUCCUUCGCUCUCAACAGGAGGAACAGUCCAGGUGACAGGGAGCAGGCUCUCAGAGUGAUGCUGCAGGUGUUGCAGUCAUGUGAACACCCAGCACCGGACAUGUUCUGCCUCUGUGGACGGAUCUACAAGGACAUCUUCCUUGACUCAGACUGCAAAGACACCAAGAACAGGGACAAUGCUAUACAGUGGUACAGGAAAGGUUUUGAGCUGCAGCCUACUCUCUACUCUGGUAUCAACCUGGCUGUCCUCCUCAUAGUUGCUGGCCAACAGUUUGAGAGCUCCAUCGAGCUGAGGAAAAUAGGUGUGAGGUUGAACAGUCUGCUGGGGCGCAAAGGUUCUCUGGAGAAAAUGAAUAACUACUGGGAUGUGGGCCAGUUUUUUACUGUUAGCAUGUUAGCUAACGAUAUCCCUAAAGCUACCCAAGCUGCUGAGAAGCUCUUCAAACUCAAGCCACCUCUCUGGUAUCUGCGGUCGGUGGUGCAAAACCUGCAGCUGAUCCAGAGGUUCAAGAAGCAGACGGUGGAACACUCCCCCCUGAGGGAGAGACUCAACUUCUGGAUGGACAUCAUCGUAGAGGCCACGCAGCGCACCACCAAUCGACUGCGGUUUCCUGUGUUGAUUCUGGAGCCGACCAAAGUGUACCAGCCCUCCUAUGUGUCCAUUAACAAUGAGGCCGAAGAGAAGAAUGUCUCUAUCUGGCACGUUUCUCCAGUUGAAACGAAAGGGAUCCACGAGUGGAACUUCACUACAAUGUCCAUCAAAGGCAUUAGCAUCAGUAAGUUUGAUGAGCGCUGCUGUUUCCUUUACGUCCAUGAUAACUCAGACGACUUCCAGAUCUACUUCUCUACGGAGGAGCAGUGCGGUCGAUUCUGCUCCAUGGUGAAAGAAAUGAUAUCUGAUGGUACGGGGAAUGCUGUCGAGCUGGAAGGGGAGGGAGAUGGAGAUACACUUGAGUAUGAGUAUGACACCAGUGAGACAGCGGACAGGGUGGUGUUGGGGCGCGGCACCUAUGGUGUGGUGUAUGCUGGGAGAGACCUUAGCAACCAGGUCCGAAUCGCCAUCAAAGAGAUCCCAGAGAGAGACAGCAGGUACUCUCAGCCUCUUCAUGAAGAGAUCGCCCUCCACAAGUACCUGAAGCACAGGAACAUUGUUCAGUAUUUGGGCUCUGUUUCUGAGAACGGAUACAUCAAGAUCUUCAUGGAACAAGUGCCCGGAGGAAGCCUGUCACAAUUGUUGCGGUCUAAAUGGGGUCCACUGAAGGAAGCUACAAUCAUCUUCUACACCAGACAGAUCCUGGAGGGGCUCCGGUACCUGCACGAGAACCAGAUCGUCCAUCGAGACAUCAAGGGUGACAAUGUGUUGGUGAACACCUACAGUGGCGUAUUGAAGAUUUCAGACUUUGGUACUUCUAAACGGCUGGCUGGAGUCAACCCCUGUACAGAGACAUUCACAGGUACUCUGCAGUACAUGGCUCCAGAAAUCAUUGAUAAAGGCCCUCGAGGGUACGGUGCCCCGGCUGACAUCUGGUCUCUGGGAUGUACCAUCAUAGAAAUGGCCACUGGGAAACCCCCCUUCCAUGAACUUGGGGAACCACAGGCGGCCAUGUUUAAGGUUGGUAUGUUUAAGAUCCACCCAGAGAUCCCUGAGUCUUUGUCGCUGGAGGCUAAGUCGUUCAUCUUGCGCUGCUUUGAGCCGGACCCUCACAAGAGAGCCAUCGCCUCCGACCUGCUCAGAGACACUUUUGUAAGACACAACACCAAGGGCAAGAAGAGCAAGAUCGCCUUCAAACCAUCAGACUACAUCCAUAGCGUCUCCCUGCCGGUGCAGUUACAAUGUGAGGCCACCGGGAGCAGCAGCAGUGAACAUGGCUCAGUGAGCCCAGACUGCGACUCCAAACACGACGUUUUCUUCCAGAAAAAGAAAAGCUCUGGCUCAGGAAACCUGCUCAAACCCCCCAACUCCAAUUACCUGAGUGUUCCAGAUGAGGGUUCAGUAUCAGAGGACCGCAGUGCCCCCCCCUCUCCUGAGGACAGGGACGGCGGUCUGUUCUUGCUGAAGAAGGACAGCGAGAGACGGGCCAUUCUGUUCAAGGUCCUUAACGAAGACCAGGAAAAGGUCAUCUCCAACCUCAAGGAGAACCACAUCCAGGGAAGUGAGGAGCUCCAGCUGUCUGUCGAACACAUCAAGCAGAUCAUCUGCAUCCUUCGAGACUUCAUCCAUUCCCCUGAGAGGCGCGUCAUGGCGGACACCAUCUCCAAGCUCAAACUGGAUCUGGACUUCGACUCCACCUCCAUCAACCAGAUACAGCUGGUGCUCUUUGGCUUCCAGGACUCGGUGAACAAAGUCCUGAGGAAUCACCACAUUAAACCACACUGGAUGUUUGCGAUGGAUAACAUCAUCCGCCGAGCCGUGCAGGCCGCCAUCACCAUCCUCAUACCAGAGCUGCAGACCCACUUUGGCCCCGCGUCAGAGUGCGAGGGAGCAGAGAAGGAAGAUGAGGUGGAUGAAGAGGAGGUAGAGUUUGGUCCGGUCUUAGCGCCGAGCCCUGAGGACUCUGUAACAGCCACCGACCCCAUCACCUACACCGUCAGCACCCUAAACUCCACCCACUCGCAGGAAUACCAGCGCUCCCAUCAUCAACUCGGUGCACAGCUGGGACGGCUCAAACAGGAGACCAACCGCCUGCUGGAGGAACUGCUGCAGAAGGAGAAGGAAUACCAGCAGGUCCUGAAGGCCACGCUGCAGCAGAGAACACAUGACCUGGAGCUGGUCAGGGUCAGACACAGACCACCAGACAGUUCACCUCCGUCCAUCUUCCACAUCCCUGCAGACCACGAGCCAGAUAAGCAGCUCACUGAUUGGCUGAAAGAGCAGGGGGCGGACCCGGACACCAUAGAUAAGUUUGUGCUGGAAGAAUACACGCUGACUGACAUUCUCAAUGACGUCACCAAAGAUGACCUCCGCUGUCUACGUCUACGGGGUGGAGUCCUCUGCCGGAUCUGGCGGGCCAUCCAGCGGCACAGAGAGCGUGAGAGGCUGAGGGGGGACGAACGCUCGGAAGAUGAUGCAUGAUGGGAUAUGGACUCCCAGCUAUGGAAGAUUUUGCGGAAACACGCACACAUCCACACACUACCAGUCCUGCAUACUCUCUCUCCUUCUCUCUCUGUCUCUCUCUUUCUCUCUCUCUCUGGUCUCUCUCUCUGGUCUCUCUCUGUCUCUGUCUCUGUCUCUCUCUCUCUCUCUCUCUCUCUCUGUCUCUCUCAGUGCAGGUGAUGUACUAGAGUGUCUCAGUGCCUUUUCAUCUUAACUGACUGAACCUCAUCUCGACUGUGCAUCUCCAUACAGAGUCAGACUUGACCUGACCAAAGCGCUUUAGUGCAGGCACUACUAUGUGUAUAUUUAUGUGCAUUUACAUGUCUAUGUGUGCCACAAUGUGUUUGUGCUUGAUAAUUUUCAAACAUGAAUCACGCCUAGAAAAAAUGGAAACGGUUUAAAAUGUUGCUCUACCACAAAAAACUUUCUCUUAGGUAUGAAUCACCCACUGUGGACUUGAAAGGUG